AUGCUCUCUGCUACUCUACGUAAAGAGGCGUGCCGCCUCGUCAAAAGCGCAUCCUUGACGCGUCCAUACCUGCGCCAGUCCUCCACACGUCGCGCCCAGCUGUCCACAUCCUCCGCCGUCCACUCCUCCCCCAAUGCUUCGUCCUCAUCGUCCCCGGCUGGCCCUGCGUCUCUUCCUUGGUUCAUGGACCCCGCCGAAGACGAGGCACCCAUCGCCUCUCCGUACAUGCGCCGCUCCGCGCUCGCCCAGGGCCCGCCGCAUCCGCCAUUGCCCGUCGACCUUCCAGAGGGACACCCGAUCGCGCGCCUCCACGCCGCACUGAAGGUUUCGCCGCACCUCGAGCCGGGCACGCUGCUCGUGCGCUCCCCCAUUCCGACUGCGGUGGGUCCGCCGCCGACGGACGCGCUCCCACGCGGGCGGCGCAAACGCGGGCGGACGAACCUGGGCGAGGGUGUGGAGGUGCACCUGGGCGGUCUGUGGGAGUGGCAUGUUAUCGCGCAGGUGAAGGAGGGGACAGAAGACCGAGGCGCGAUUGAGUCGACGACGAGGGUCGUGCGGAAGGCACUCCUUGCGUCAGAGCCACCGAUUUCUUUGCCUCAGAAGAACCGACGCAAGGGCCACAAUGGGUGGGCUAUGAUUGAUGCGGGGAGCUUUGCUGUUCACAUUGUGAGCCAAGAGGCGCGGGAGAGGUUCUUCCCCGAGCGGCGAGAUUUCGUCUGA